AUGGAGAAUGACCCGUUGUGCCCAACUGUCCCGCUCACGGCGGCUGAAAAGAUUCGAUGGAGAAGGGAGUGGCGAUCCGCCCUCGUAGUUCAGGGCCUCGGCAGAAGAGUAUCUUUUCUCCCGCUUUCUCGCAGAUUGAACUUCCUGUGGGCUAAACAUGGAGAUUUACAGAUAUCAGAUAUGAAGAAUGGGUGUUUCCUCGUACGGUUCCGAUGUAAAGAAGAUUAUGAAAUUGCGGUAAAUGGCGGACCAUGGCUGUUGGGGGAUACCUAUCUGACAGUGAUGAGAUGGUAUAAGGGAUUUAACCCGUGGAAAUCACAAGUCUCGUCCACCCUGGUGUGGGUACAACUCCCAGACCUGCCGAUAGAGUUUAUAAAUAAGGAGGCGGCAAUGAAGAUUGGAUCGCUCAUUGGAAAAGCAAUACGGGUGGAUCGUGCUACGGAAUUGGGAGCGAGGGGAAAGUUUGCGCGUGUGUGUGUGGAAGUUGAUCUAACAAGACCCCUACUAGGGCGAUACAAGGUAGAAGGAAUCGAGUAUCUCAUACAAUAUGAGGGUCUUGAGAACAUUUGUACCGACUAUGGACAAUAUGGCAAAUCAACGCUGAAAUGCUCGUGCAAGGACCCCGUGGUGGUGGUCGAAACUGUGGAGGAGGUUCCGGAAACGCAGGAGGAGGAAAGUUCACGUGGCCCGAAUUAUGGUGAUUGGAUGAUGGUUAAAAAAAAGGGAAGGUACCAAUCGAAGCAACCACUGUAUAAGGAAGGGCGGGGUGACAAAGCUCAGUUCGUGCCAAAGCAGGGAAGUGAGUCCAACCGAUUUGCAGUGUUUAAGGAAGACACAACAAAUGAAACACAACACGAAGAUUCUGAGACAGACAUGAGGAAGGGCGGAACAAAAGGAACUGAAAAGGAUGGAAAAAAGUGGACAUGCCCAAGAGACAGAGAAAAUGACGAGGGAUGCUUGUAA